AUGGCCACGCCCAAAACCGACACAAUCAUCACCACCCAAGCCUACCAUCCAUCACCAUCCGACACACCAACCAAUGCAGGCCCCAGCACCCUACACAGCAAUAUCUACAACAACAUCCACGAUGAAGAAACACCGCCCCAAACCGCCUUCUCGAUCCUUGAGCCCCCGGCUCAUCUCUCCGCCAUAACAACGCACACCACACACAUCCGCCCCCUCGACCCAGACGACACCUUCCCAGACGGCGGGACACGCUCCUGGCUGGUCGUCCUAGGCUCCUUCUUCCUCCUCAUGGCCAGCUACGGAAUGAUGAAUUCGACCGGCGUCCUCCAAAACUACUUCGCCACGCACCAACUCUCCAACUACUCCACCAGCGCCGUCGGCUGGAUACCCGGCCUAUUCACAUUCUUCGGGCUCGUCCUCAGCGUCCAGAUAGGUCCUAUGUUCGACCGGUACGGCCCAACGGGUAUUCUCAUAGCCGGAUCAUGCUGUUACGUCGCGGGGCUAUUGAUUCUCGCUGAGUGUAAGCUGUAUUGGCAUUUUAUGCUGACGCUGGGCGUUGUGAUGGGAUCCGGUGCGGCGUUCCUGAGUACUGCGGCGAUGGCGGCGGUGCCGCAGUGGUUUGAUCGACGGGUUGGGUUGGCGAUGGGGUGGGCCAUGUCGGGUGCUGGAGUGGGUGGUGUGACGUUCCCGUUGGUGCUGAGGGCGGCGUUUGCGAGGUUUGGGUAUCGGUGGGCGAUUCGGUUGCUGGCAUUGAUGGUGGCGGUAAUGUGUGGGGUUGGGAUUGGGUUGGUGAGGUCGAGAUUGCCAAGGGGCCAGAGUAAGUCGAGUAUUAACUUGAGGGCGUUUCGGGAUACGAGGUUUACUUGGUUGACGUUGGGGACUUUUGGACUGGAGUUGGAAGUCUUUGCUGGCCUGGGAUUGUAUCCUACGUAUGUGGUGAUGCAAGGGUUCAGCGUGUCGACCAGCGUAAUUCUGCUUUCCAUUCUAAAUGUCUUCUCCACAAUCGGCCGCCUAAUAACAGGCCUCAUCGCCGACAAAUACGGCCGCAUAAACACGCAGACAGGACUCAUCUGCCUCGGGGCCCUCGCCAUCUUCACUAUCUGGCUCCCCUUCGGCCAUACCCUACCAGGCCUAUAUGUGUUCAGCUGCGUUUUCGGACUCGCAUCAGGGUCGUUCCUCAGCCUAGCACCGGCGUGUAUUGGGCAGAUCUCCAAAGCAAGCGAAGUCGGGGGCCGGUUUGGUAUCUGUUAUUCCAUCGUGAGCUUGGCCACGCUCAUCUGCAUUCCCAUUGGUGGUGAAAUGCUGGAGAAAGUUGGCAGUCGUGCAAUGGUAGCGUAUCUAGGAGGUGUAUUGGUUGUCGCUCUGGGUAUGUUCGUGAUGGCGCGAUGGGCAAGUCUGAGCUAUAGAUGGCGAUGGCAGGCCAAGAUAUAG